UUCCGGUUGAACUUGUAAACACAGCUGUGGUAGCUGAUAGAUAUUGGAAUUUAGAGCUCGUUGACGUGGCUGGGACCUUCGUGCUUAUUAUGCAAAUACAGAUUGAUCAAAUACCAUACCGCAGGGUAAGGACCACGCCCUCAUCGCUCACAAGACGACCUUGACGACCCCUUUACCUCCCUCCACCAAACUUGACUCUUCCACCCACCCACCCUCUCAUCGCCCGUCCAACCAACUCCAAAACCACACGAUUGUGAGCAACACACACGCAACGAGCCUGUCAGACACACGCGCACACACACUCAUAAACCCAUAACACAAGUCAACACUUUAGUCACGGCCGCUCAAAACCGCUUCCUCAGCGCCUGGACAACCUGUCACCCCCUACAGCACCGCCAGACUUAGGAUCGCCCGAACGCAGUUAGAGAGUUGAGUCGUCCCGACCUUGUGUCCUGAUGGGGGGGAUCAGGCCCAGCGGGCUGCAUGUAAACAAGCCCGUGGUGUUCGGGACUGUAGCCUUGAUCGUCACUUUUGUAUUGGUCUACAAGCUUCUCUGGAGUUCUACAUCGGUGGCGUCUUUCUCCGCCUUCAAUUUUGGAUUUAGCGGCUCAGACAACUCAGGAUCAGGCAAAAACGGCGACCAGGGUAAAGGUUCCAACAUGAACAACCGAGCUAUCAUCGUGGGACAGCUGGACCCCCCUCCAGAGUUGACAGAGGAGACAAAGGCCUCGCUGAAGCUCGAGUCCAAGGAGGUGGAGGUUGACCUCAGGGGCAAGAAAAUCAAGAUUCAUCAAGAGAAAGUUAUCCCUGCUAAAGGGGAUCCUACACUUGAUAUCUUGUUAUUACACGGUGCCUCUUUCUCUUCGGCCAACUGGAUCGAGAUCGGAACCGUGUACCACUUGGCAAACUGGGGAUAUCGAGCAGUGGCUAUAGACUUGCCAGGCAAAGGCAAGAGUCCGGACAGUAUUGACAAAGACCUCUAUGGCGACUUUGUCACGACCUUUAUCAACACCAUCGGCAUGAAGAAUGUUGUGAUCAUCGCGCCAUCGGCCAGCGGGAACUACGCCUUGCCAUACUUGUUUAUCAACCCGGCCAAAAGCACCGAGAGGGCUGCUGGGUUUGUGCCCAUAGCACCUGUGGGUACUAGUCUGUACACCUCCAAGUUCAAAGAAAGCCAGCUCCCAACACUCAUCCUGUACGGCGCGAAGGACACAAGAGGGGCCAUAACUCUGAAUGACCUCAUCGGCCUGCCUAAUCACAAGAUUGCCCACCUGGACGAUGCAGGUCACGCCUGCUACUUGGACAAGCCAGACAACUUCCACAAAGUGUUAUACCAUUGGUUGAAAGAACUCAAGGAAUGAAAGAAAUGAGAUUUCAGAGCUGGAACCAAAACCAAAUUUCAAUGCCCUAUCCUCCCUUCUUUUCUCCCUUUGAAGAAAUAGCUAACUAGAAUGGGCUGCAGGAAAAAUUCAGUAUCCAAGAACCUAAAUCAUUGUUAUAAGCUAGUUUUGUGUACAUUUAUGGAGUUGUUAUUAAAGGUCUGUAUGAGUGCCUCUCUUGCUUAUAUGCCAUUGUCAUUCAAAAGCAUAUAAACGAAAAACAGGAUAUUUGUGAUCUGGGAGGCUAUAAUGAAAUUCAAGACCUAUCUGAGAAAUGAGUCUAUGGUUGUGAAAUUGUAUCGAGUUCUUAGAUAAAAUUUUGUCCAGCCAAAAUGAGGGACAACUCGCUGCUCGAUUCAUAUUUCAUAUGCUAUAGUCAUAGUUCUGUUUCUUCUGCCUACCUUUCCUGCAGCCCUUGCAGUUUCUAAGUUCAAAGGUUUAUUUUAUAAAUUGUGUUAUGUAAUGGGUUUUUUCCUUGGGUUGGCUGUGAGUGCAGUCACACAAUGUAAAGUAGGGAAAUUGUUCAAAUCAAUUAGUUACUGUAUUGGUACCAGAUGCUGUAUGGUAACAGCAUUCUUUGUAGCCUUGAGAGACAACAAUAAGUUUAUUGUUAAAAUGAGAUUUUUUUUCUCGAAUUGAAAAAGCCUUUGAGAAUUGUUUAAUGGACACAAUAAGUGAAUUAUUCUAUAAUAAUUAUUAUUUGUGUAGGGUUUGUUACUUCGCAAGAAAUAAAGGUCUGUGCACCAGCAAGCAAUGUCAUCAAAUUAUAGUGAUAUCACUGCUUACAAAGAGAAGGCUGCACUACAGUCAUGACAGAUCUGUACUUGCAACGUUGAGAGUUUGCUGCUGUUGUUUCUGUUGACAUGAGAUUUGGCGCCUGAAGAGGGUCACAAAAAAAAAAGAAAAGAAAAAUCAACCGAACCUCGUAUUUGCCUCGUAAUAUGUUUUUUGCUUUUUUUUCCCCACCUCUGAAUAACUUUUAAGAAAAGAUUAAGAUACUUAUUCACAAGUUACAAUUUUUGUGAUUAAUGUCCUUUCCAUCUUCCAAUCACUGGUUGUGAAAACUAUUUGUUGUUACCAUCUCCACCUACUUCACACAGUCAGGUGAACAUUCUUCUUUCUUCUCCCCAGACUACUUCUUAUUGCAGUUUUGUAAGCUGCACUGUGUCACAGAUUUCUUGAUCAGCUACUUAUGGAAUUGCUCAGAUUUGGAAGCGAUAGGUUGAAUGUGAGGGUUUUAGAAAUAUAAAUCUGAAUCAAAAUAACCUUCUGAGUCAGUUUAUCAAAUGUCUGCAAUUUUGUCCUGGUGGUAAGGUUUAUUUCCACAAACCAUAUUGGAAUUAUGGAUUGAGAUGGGUUUUUUAAUAAUAAUUGGACAAGGUAAUGAUAGGAUUAUGUGUCAGGCUAUAGUUGAGUGUGGGGUUUAACUUACUCGUUACCAGUGAGAGGGAUAUUUAUUAAAACUGAAAAAACGUAUUUAAAUCAUUUUGGUUUAUAUGCAUUUUCUUUCAGACGGAGGUGUUAGCAGUAUCUCUGUCUGGUUUGCCAGCAGUAUCAUGUUGUUCCCUAAAUUAUUACUCCCUAGUGUUAUGGAAAAAGGGGAGAGGUUAUUGAUGUUGAAACAGAAAUCUUUCAAGGGGUCAUAAGUCUAAGAAGUUAGGAUUAGGAAGUUGUUGGUUUAUUUAGGAAGAAGCAAGUGAAUGCUAGAAUUUUUUUCUUAAGAAGUCGAGGAGCAGGUCUUUUUUUCUGGCACUGAAAGAUGCUUUAUUUUAAUUAAAACACAAUGUUAAAAUGAUUGAUACAGCUGAACAUGAAGUAAAAUGCUUUCACAAUAUAUCAGGUAUUGUUGAGAUUUAUGACUGUAAAAAAUAGAUCAAAGAGGAGGCAGUCUAAGGCUACCAUUAUUCCCCUUUGUGAUACA